AUGGAGCAAACAGUGCUUGUACCACCAGGACCUGACAGCUUCAGCUUCUUCACCAGAGAAUCUCUUGCAGCUAUUGAAAGACGCAUUGCAGAAGAAAAGGCUAAGAAUCCCAAACCAGACAAGAAAGAUGAUGACGAACGUGGCCCAAAGCCAAAUAGUGACUUGGAAGCUGGAAAGAACCUUCCUUUUAUUUAUGGAGACAUCCCUCCAGGGAUGGUGUCAGAGCCGCUGGAGGACCUGGACCCGUACUAUAUCAAUAAAAAAACUUUUAUAGUAUUGAAUAAAGGGAAGGCCAUCUUCCGGUUCAGUGCCACUUCUGCCCUGUACAUUUUAACUCCCUUCAAUCCUCUUAGGAAAAUAGCUAUUAAGAUUUUGGUACAUUCAUUAUUCAGCAUGCUAAUUAUGUGCACUAUUUUGACGAACUGUGUGUUUAUGACAAUGAGUAACCCUCCCGACUGGACAAAGAAUGUAGAGUACACUUUCACAGGAAUAUAUACUUUUGAAUCACUUAUAAAAAUUAUUGCAAGGGGCUUCUGUUUAGAAGAUUUUACCUUCCUUCGGGACCCAUGGAACUGGCUCGACUUCACUGUCAUUACAUUUGCAUAUGUGACAGAGUUUGUGGACCUGGGCAAUGUCUCCGCAUUGAGAACAUUCAGAGUUCUCCGAGCACUGAAAACAAUUUCAGUCAUUCCAGGCCUGAAGACCAUCGUAGGGGCCCUGAUCCAGUCUGUGAAGAAGCUCUCAGAUGUCAUGAUCCUGACUGUGUUCUGUCUGAGCGUGUUUGCACUGAUUGGGCUGCAGCUCUUUAUGGGCAACCUGCGGAAUAAAUGUGUACAAUGGCCUCCCACCAAUGCUUCCCUGGAGGAACAUAGGGUAGAGAAGAAUAUAACUGUGAAUUACAAUGGCACACUUGUAAACGAAACUCUCGUUGAGUUUGACUGGAAAUCAUAUGUUCAAGAUUCAAGAUAUCAUUAUUUUCUGGAGGGUUUUUCAGAUGCACUACUGUGUGGAAAUAGCUCAGAUGCUGGCCAAUGUCCAGAAGGAUACAUGUGUGUGAAAGCUGGUAGAAAUCCCAAUUAUGGCUACACAAGCUUCGAUACCUUCAGUUGGGCUUUUUUGUCCCUGUUUCGACUGAUGACUCAGGACUUCUGGGAAAAUCUUUACCAACUGACAUUACGUGCUGCUGGAAAAACAUACAUGAUAUUUUUUGUGCUGGUCAUUUUCUUGGGCUCAUUCUAUCUAAUAAAUUUGAUCCUGGCUGUGGUAGCCAUGGCCUAUGAGGAACAGAAUCAGGCCACCUUAGAAGAGGCAGAACAGAAAGAGGCUGAAUUUCAACAGAUGCUUGAACAGCUUAAAAAGCAACAGGAAGCAGCUCAGCAGGCAGCGGCUGUAACUGCCUCAGUGCAUUCCAGAGAACCUAGUGCAGCAGGCGGGCUCUCAGACAGCUCAUCUGAAGCCUCCAAGUUGAGUUCCAAGAGUGCAAAGGAAAGAAGAAAUCGGAGAAAGAAAAGAAAACAGAAAGAGCAGUCUGGUGGAGAAGAGAAAGAUGACGAUGAAUUCCAUAAAUCUGAAUCUGAAGACAGCAUCAGGAGGAAAGGGUUUCGCUUCUCCAUAGAAGGGAAUCGGUUGACAUAUGAAAAGAGGUACUCCUCCCCACACCAGUCUUUGUUGAGCAUCCGUGGCUCCUUAUUUUCUCCAAGGCGAAAUAGCAGAACAAGCCUUUUCAGCUUCAGAGGGCGAGCAAAGGAUGUGGGAUCAGAGAAUGACUUUGCUGAUGAUGAACACAGCACCUUCGAGGAUAAUGAAAGCCGCAGAGACUCCUUAUUUGUGCCCCAACGACAUGGAGAGCGACGCAACAGUAACCUGAGUCAGACCAGUAGGUCGUCCCGGAUGCUGGCUGUGUUUCCAGCUAAUGGGAAGAUGCACAGCACUGUGGAUUGCAAUGGUGUGGUUUCCUUGGUUGGUGGACCUUCAGUUCCUACAUCGCCUGUUGGACAGCUUCUACCAGAGGUGAUAAUAGAUAAGCCAGCUACUGAUGACAAUGGAACAACCACUGAAACUGACAUGAGAAAGAGAAGGUCAAGUUCUUUUCAUGUUUCCAUGGACUUUCUAGAAGAUCCUUCUCAAAGGCAAAGAGCAAUGAGCAUAGCCAGCAUUUUAACAAAUACAGUAGAAGAACUUGAAGAAUCCAGGCAGAAAUGCCCACCCUGUUGGUAUAAAUUUUCCAACAUGUUCUUAAUCUGGGACUGCUCGCCACAUUGGUUAAAAGUGAAACAUAUUGUCAACCUGGUUGUGAUGGACCCAUUUGUUGACCUGGCCAUCACCAUCUGUAUUGUCUUAAAUACUCUGUUCAUGGCCAUGGAACACUAUCCCAUGACGGACCAUUUCAAUAAUGUGCUUACAGUAGGAAACUUGGUGUUCACUGGGAUCUUUACAGCAGAAAUGUUUCUGAAAAUUAUUGCCAUGGAUCCUUACUAUUAUUUCCAAGAAGGCUGGAAUAUCUUUGAUGGUUUUAUUGUAACGCUUAGCCUGGUAGAACUUGGCCUGGCCAACGUGGAAGGAUUAUCAGUUCUCCGUUCAUUCCGAUUGCUCCGAGUUUUCAAGUUGGCAAAAUCUUGGCCAACAUUAAAUAUGCUAAUAAAGAUCAUCGGCAAUUCAGUGGGGGCUCUGGGAAAUCUCACCUUGGUGUUGGCCAUCAUCGUCUUCAUUUUUGCCGUGGUCGGCAUGCAGCUCUUUGGUAAGAGCUACAAAGAUUGUGUCUGCAAGAUCUCUAGUGACUGUCAACUCCCGCGCUGGCACAUGCAUGACUUCUUCCACUCCUUCCUGAUUGUGUUCCGAGUGCUGUGUGGAGAGUGGAUAGAGACCAUGUGGGACUGCAUGGAGGUCGCCGGUCAAGCCAUGUGCCUUACUGUCUUCAUGAUGGUCAUGGUCAUUGGAAACCUGGUGGUCCUGAACCUCUUUUUGGCCUUGCUCCUGAGCUCAUUUAGUGCAGACAACCUUGCAGCCACUGAUGAUGAUAAUGAAAUGAACAAUCUCCAAAUUGCUGUGGAUAGGAUGCACAAGGGAAUAGCUUAUGUGAAGAGAAAAAUAUAUGAAUUUAUUCAACAGUCCUUCAUUAGAAAACAAAAGAUUUUAGAUGAAAUUAAACCACUUGAUGAUCUAAACAACAAGAAAGACAGUUGUAUGUCCAAUCAUACAAUGGAAAUUGGGAAAGAUCUUGACUAUCUGAAAGAUGUAAAUGGAACCACAAGUGGAAUAGGAACUGGCAGCAGUGUUGAAAAAUACAUUAUCGAUGAAAGUGAUUACAUGUCGUUCAUACACAAUCCCAGUCUUACUGUGACUGUACCGAUUGCUGUAGGAGAGUCUGACUUUGAAAAUUUAAACACAGAGGACUUUAGUAGUGAAUCAGAUCUGGAAGAAAGCAAAGAGAAACUUAAUGAAAGCAGUAGCUCAUCCGAAGGCAGCACUGUAGACAUUGGAGCACCUGCCGAGGAACAGCCUGUAGUGGAACCUGAGGAAACCCUUGAACCUGAAGCCUGUUUCACUGAAGGCUGUGUACAAAGAUUCAAAUGUUGUCAAAUUAGUGUGGAGGAAGGGAGAGGAAAACAAUGGUGGAACCUGAGAAGAACGUGUUUCCGAAUAGUUGAACAUAACUGGUUUGAGACCUUCAUUGUUUUCAUGAUUCUCCUUAGUAGUGGUGCUCUGGCAUUUGAGGAUAUAUAUAUUGAUCAGCGAAAGACGAUCAAGACAAUGUUGGAGUAUGCUGAUAAGGUUUUCACUUACAUUUUCAUUCUGGAAAUGCUUCUAAAAUGGGUGGCAUAUGGCUAUCAGACAUAUUUCACCAAUGCCUGGUGUUGGCUAGACUUCUUAAUUGUUGAUGUUUCAUUGGUCAGUUUAACAGCAAAUGCCUUGGGUUACUCAGAACUUGGCGCCAUCAAAUCUCUCAGGACACUAAGAGCUCUGAGACCUCUAAGAGCCUUAUCACGUUUUGAAGGGAUGAGGGUGGUUGUGAAUGCCCUUUUAGGAGCAAUUCCAUCCAUCAUGAAUGUGCUUCUGGUUUGUCUUAUAUUCUGGCUAAUUUUCAGCAUCAUGGGCGUAAAUUUGUUUGCUGGCAAAUUCUACCACUGUGUUAACACCACAACUGGUGACAUGUUUGACAUCAGCGAAGUGAAUAAUCAUUCUGAUUGCCUAAUACUAAUAGAAAGAAAUGAGACUGCCCGAUGGAAAAAUGUGAAAGUAAACUUUGAUAAUGUAGGAUUUGGGUAUCUCUCUUUGCUUCAAGUUGCCACAUUUAAGGGAUGGAUGGAUAUAAUGUAUGCAGCAGUUGAUUCCAGAAAUGUGGAACUCCAGCCUAAGUAUGAGGAAAGUCUAUACAUGUAUCUUUACUUUGUUAUUUUCAUCAUCUUUGGGUCAUUCUUCACCUUGAACCUGUUUAUUGGUGUCAUCAUAGAUAAUUUCAACCAGCAAAAGAAGAAGUUUGGAGGUCAAGACAUCUUUAUGACAGAAGAACAGAAGAAAUACUAUAAUGCAAUGAAAAAAUUAGGAUCAAAAAAGCCUCAAAAGCCUAUACCUCGACCAGGGAACAAAUUUCAAGGAAUGGUCUUUGACUUCGUAACCAGACAAGUUUUUGACAUAAGCAUCAUGAUUCUCAUCUGUCUCAACAUGGUCACAAUGAUGGUGGAAACUGACGAUCAGAGUGAAUAUGUGACUAGCAUUUUGUCACGUAUCAACCUGGUGUUCAUUGUGCUGUUCACUGGAGAAUGUGUGCUGAAGCUCAUCUCCCUCCGCCAUUAUUAUUUUACCAUAGGCUGGAAUAUUUUUGAUUUUGUGGUUGUCAUUCUCUCCAUUGUAGGUAUGUUUCUGGCUGAGCUGAUAGAGAAAUAUUUUGUGUCCCCUACCCUGUUCCGAGUGAUCCGUCUUGCCAGGAUUGGCCGAAUCCUGCGUCUGAUCAAAGGGGCCAAGGGGAUCCGCACGCUGCUCUUUGCUUUGAUGAUGUCCCUUCCUGCGUUGUUUAACAUCGGCCUCCUGCUCUUCCUGGUCAUGUUCAUCUACGCCAUCUUUGGGAUGUCCAACUUCGCCUAUGUUAAGAGGGAGGUUGGAAUUGAUGACAUGUUCAACUUCGAGACCUUUGGCAACAGCAUGAUCUGCCUGUUCCAGAUUACCACCUCUGCUGGCUGGGAUGGAUUGCUAGCACCUAUUCUCAACAGUAAACCACCCGAUUGUGACCCUAAUAAAGUUAACCCUGGCAGCUCAGUUAAGGGAGAUUGUGGGAACCCAUCUGUGGGGAUCUUCUUUUUUGUCAGUUACAUCAUCAUAUCAUUUCUGGUCGUGGUGAACAUGUACAUCGCUGUCAUCCUGGAGAACUUCAGUGUUGCUACUGAAGAAAGUGCAGAGCCCCUGAGCGAGGAUGACUUUGAGAUGUUCUACGAGGUUUGGGAGAAGUUUGAUCCCAAUGCCACCCAGUUCAUGGAAUUUGAAAAACUCUCUCAGUUUGCAGCUGCUCUUGAACCUCCGCUCAAUUUGCCACAACCAAACAAAGUCCAGCUCAUUGCCAUGGAUCUGCCUAUGGUCAGUGGGGACCGGAUCCACUGUCUUGACAUCUUAUUUGCUUUUACGAAGCGGGUUCUGGGGGAGAGUGGAGAGAUGGAUGCUCUCCGAAUACAGAUGGAAGAGCGAUUCAUGGCUUCCAACCCAUCAAAGGUUUCCUAUCAGCCAAUAACUACGACUUUAAGACGAAAACAAGAGGAGGUGUCUGCUGUUAUUAUUCAGCGUGCAUACAGGCGCCACCUUUUAAAGCGAACUGUAAAGCAAGCUUCAUUUACAUAUAACAAAAAUAAAAUCAAAGGUGGGGCUAAUCUUCUUAUAAAAGAAGACAUGGUAAUUGACAGAAUAAAUGAAAACUCAAUUACAGAAAAGACUGAUCUGACCAUGUCCACAGCAGCUUGUCCACCCUCCUACGAUCGGGUAACAAAGCCAAUCGUGGAAAAACACGAGCAAGAAGGCAAAGAUGAGAAAGCCAAAGGGAAAUAA